CCCCCAUGGAACGUUUUGUAGCCAGUCAGUUUCAGAUUGCUAUAGUCUGUUCUAUUCCAUGCUAUUUCCUGCUGCUAGGGGAUAAAGGAUCCCAGUCUUCUCCUUCCCCUUCGUGGGGAGCUGGAUUUACACUGGGGGGUGGGGGAAAUCCUGAGUUCCUAACCUGCCCUGGACUCAAGGGACUGGACCCCAGCAUCCUCCCCUGGGGGUGCGGGGUGUUUUUUCCCCAGCGUUGAUGACCCCCGUGCUCCCAAACUCCGUUCAGGGGGCUGUUCUUACGAGCCGGAGAUCCCGUUCCCGGGGUGCGGGGGGGCUGGGGAGGAGGUGGAGGGGAAGGAGCCGCGGGGAGUCCUGUAUCCUGGAUUGCAGUCGUUCUAGGAAGGAUCCUUUCCUCUUUUGGGGUUUGUGCUGCUGCCUCUUUACCACCAAAGACUCCGGAUCCUGGCCUCUGUGACUCUGAGUGACUCCUCUACAAGAAGACAGGAGGGUUUUGAUUGUUUGUUUGUUUGUUGGGGGGGGUGUUUGCUACAUUCAUUUUUGGGGGGGGGGGGGUUAGCCACCUCGUAGACUGCUCUCGAGGACACAGCUGCUCCUUCCUUUUUCCAUCUCUUUCCUCUUCUCCCCCCUGCAACAUAUUCAAAUCUGGAUCACUAUGGAGCUGGAGAAUAUUGUAGCCAACACAGUCCUGCUGAAAGCCAGAGAAGGAGGUGGAGGGAAGCGGAAAGGGAGGAGUAAGAAAUGGAAAGAGAUCCUCAGAUUCCCACACAUCAGCCAGUGUGACGACCUUCGGAAAGGCCUGGAAAGGGACUACAGCAGCCUGUGUGACAAGCAGCCCAUCGGCCGGCUGCUCUUCCGUCAGUUCUGCGAGAGGCGGCCAGAGCUGCAGCGCUGCAUCCACUUCCUUGAUGCUGUGAUCGAUUACGAGCUCUCCCCGGAUGAGCGACGCAAGGAGAUGGGCGACGAGAUCAUCCGAAGGUUCUUUAAAAGCGAGUCUUCAGACUACAUGCCGGAAAUCAGCCAGGCCCUCAUGAACCAGUGCAUGGAGAACCUGCAGAAAAGUGCCUGUAAAGACCUCUUCAGCAGCUGCCUGCACCCUAUGCACGAGUACCUGAGCGGCGCACCCUUCGCCGACUAUCGGGACAGCAUGUAUUUUGACCGGUUCCUGCAGUGGAAGUACUUGGAAAGGCAGUCGGUGACCAAGGACACCUUCCGGCAAUACCGGAUCCUGGGCAAGGGGGGCUUUGGAGAGGUCUGUGCCUGCCAGGUUCGAGCAACAGGCAAGAUGUACGCCUGCAAGAAGCUGGAGAAGAAGCGGAUCAAGAAGCGGAAAGGGGAGGCCAUGGCCCUGAACGAGAAGCAGAUCCUGGAGAAAGUCAACAGCAGGUUUGUGGUCAGCCUGGCCUACGCCUACGAGACAAAGGACGCGCUCUGCCUGGUGCUGACCAUCAUGAAUGGGGGCGACCUCAAGUUCCACAUCUACAACAUGGGCAACCCCGGCUUCGAAGACGAACGCGUCAUCUUCUACGCCGCCGAGCUCUGCUGCGGGCUGCAGCACCUGCACCAGGAGGGCAUUGUCUACAGGGAUCUGAAGCCGGAGAACAUCCUCCUGGAUGAUGACGGACACAUUCGGAUCUCGGACCUGGGGCUGGCCAUUAAGAUUCCGGAGGGCGAGAUGAUCCGUGGCCGCGUCGGGACCGUUGGCUACAUGGCUCCAGAGGUGAUUAACAAUGAGCGCUACACCUUCAGCCCAGACUGGUGGGGGCUGGGCUGCCUAAUCUAUGAGAUGAUCGAGGGGCAGUCGCCGUUCCGCGCCCGCAAGGAGAGGGUGAAGCGGGAGGAGGUGGAGAAGCGGGUGCAGGAGGAGCAGGAGCUGUAUUCUGACAAGUUCACCGAGGACACCAAGGCCAUCUGCAAGAUGCUCCUGACCAAGGACCCGAAGCAGCGACUGGGCUGCGGGGAGGACGGGGCCGCCCAGGUGAAGCAUCAUCCGUUCUUCAGGACCAUCAACUUCAAGCGUCUGGAGGCCGGGGUCAUAAAGCCGUCGUUUGUGCCAGAUCCUCGGGCCGUGUACUGCAAGGACGUGCUGGACAUCGAGCAGUUCUCCACCGUCAAGGGUGUCAACCUGGACCAAACGGACAGUGAUUUCUACGCCAAAUUUGCCACGGGCAGCGUCUCUAUCCCCUGGCAGAAUGAGAUGAUCGAGACCGAGUGCUUUAAAGACCUGAAUGUGUUUGGACCAAAUGGGAUGCGCUCCCCGGAUCUGGACUGGAAGCAGCUCCCCGAGCCCCCCAAGCGCAGCCUGCUUCAACGGCUCUUCCGGCGGCAUCCGGCUGACUACACCAUCAGCACCAACACACACUCCAACCUCACAGCGGGCGUGAACUCGCAUCCUCCCACGGCCAACUCCGCCUGCCAAGGCCGGGCCAUAGCACAGGCACCUUCCUGACCCCCCUUCUACCAUGGAGACCCUGCUCCAUUAGAGCCAGCAUGGGCAGGCCCAGAGCCCCGACCCGGAGCCCGCCCGUGGAGCUGCCGUCCUUGCCUUCUCAGGGUUACCGUGGAUGUGAAGCUGAGGCUGUUGGAGCCAGAGCUGGGGAAAAAGUAACUCUUGGGCCUAGAUGACAUGACUGUCCCUCUGAAAAAUACAGACUGAUGGCUUCAGUGUAAAUGAACCGGGAAAGAUUGUUUCAGAUGCUGUGUCUCUUAUCCCUGGAGCCUCAACAGAGAUCCUGAAAUAAUCCCUGCUUGGUUUUUUGAAGAACUUACAACGAUUCUAUAUGGGGGGGCUGGGCAGAGAAAGUUUCUUGACCAUGUUUGUAUCCUGCUCCAUCUCGUCGGAGAGGAAAAGGUCUUCUGAUACCAUUGAAAACGGGGUGUGUGAGAGAGAAAAUGGGUGUGUUUGUUAAGCAGACUGAGAACUGCCUUUUGCUGAAAGAUGCUCUGUGACCCACUGACCUUGUCCAGAGAGAGACUGUGCGCCACAUGGACAGUGUCUGUUUCUAUGCAAGGAUAGGGUGCUGUCUCAUGCCAGUUUCUCCAGCGGGAAGCUCUGGGGAUUCCAAGCAAGACUGAAUUUCCCCCUUGCAAAAAGACACCUGUAUUUUUGUAUUUUCCUUUCUCUCAGCAUCCAUGGGCUUUGGACUGGUUUUUUACACUGUAAAUUCCUGAUUCUGGCAUAUAUGGUUUGUUUUUUGUACAUUUUGUAAACGUGUAAAUACUUAUAUGGUGAGUGCCUGGAUGUACAUUUUAAAGCUAAAAGCAGCAAAGCAAGUCAUGUGGUGACUUGUACACAUCUAUGUUUCAGGGAUAUUUUUAUGGGGAAUUUAAAACACAACAAACCCAACCUCUCAGAGGAAGAAGUGGAUGUCACUUUACCCCAAUCGAGGAGAAGCCCUCUUACUCCGCUGUAUUUUUGUAGUAAGCUUUUACAACUUUCUAAUUUGUAAUUUAAUUACAGGACUAUAUUUUAGGUUGGUUUUCUUUUUUUUCCUCUUCUGUUUUGUAAAGCACUGAAAUUACAUGCAUGGUCAUUUUUA